UAUCCUACUGUGACAAAUGAGCAAUGAGAAUCGCUGAAAAGGCGCGACGUGGCUUCGGCAUUGAACUUGCAACCUCGUUGAAACCGCGCCCCUCCCCGUCUUCCCGCCCGUCACAGGUCGCGAGGUGAUUCGCCGGCGGCGGCUGUCAGUCAAGGCGGCCCCGCCCCUUCCUGCGCGAGAGCCGCUCGGCUCCAGCCGCGAGGGUCGCUCUUCCCUUUUUCCCCUGCCCGUCAUGGACGACUGGAAGUCGGCGCUUUCUCCGGCGUCGUCUCGCUCCUGCGCUCCGAAGGCGGACGUCUGAGCGGAUUCUAAAAAGCCGCAACCGAGGGCUGGUUUCAACCGUGGGGAGGGGAGGAAUUGCCGUUGUUUGUGCUUUGUUUUUUUUUUUUUUUUGACAGAAGGAAGCGGAGCGACAUGCCUGUUUCAACUCUUUUGCCUUUCGCAGCCACCCCGAGUCGGAAGUCCGCCAACGCGACCUCCUUCAGGUUGACGGAGAAAUUCGUCCUGCUUUUGGUGUUCAGCGCUUUCAUCACGCUGUGCUUCGGGGCCAUUUUCUUCCUGCCGGACUCGUCCAAGCUGCUCAGCGGAGUUUUCUUCCACUCCUCCGCCGUGGAGACCAACACCCGCACCGGUCCGGGCAGCGGCGAGUCCGGCUCGGCCGGGAACGACGAGAAGGUCCAGGCCAAGAUCAAGAAGGACCACGAGAAAGCCUUGCUGGAGGCCAGGGAUACUUUACACAAGCGCCCCAACGAGAUCAAGCAGGACAUUUUGAAGGACAAGGAGAAAGUUGCCAAGGAGAGUUUGGGCAAAGGCGGCAAGGCUGCCGACGAGUUGCCUUCCGUCGAGUACCGCAGACCCCCGGGGGCCACCGGACGCGAACCCCUGGACCCGGUCGCGAGGGAGCGGCGGGCUAAAAUCAAGGAGAUGAUGAAACACGCGUGGGACAGCUACCGACGCUACGCUUGGGGUUCCAAUGAGCUCCGGCCCGUCUCCAAGCAAGGCCACUCCAGCAAUCUGUUUGGAAGCAUCAAAGGCGCCACCAUCGUGGAUGCUCUGGACACGCUCUACAUCAUGGAGAUGUUUGAGGACUUUGACGCCGCCACCGAGUGGGUGGAGAAGAACCUCGAUUUCAACGUGAACGCCGAAGUGUCCGUCUUCGAGGUCAACAUCCGCUUCGUGGGAGGCCUUCUGUCGGCGUACUAUUUGUCCGGAAAAGAGAUUUUCCGCAGAAAGGCGGUGGAGCUGGGCGAGAAACUGCUGCCGGCGUUUAAAACGCCCACCGGCAUCCCCUGGGCUCUGCUCAACCUCAAGAGCGGAAUCGGUCGCAACUGGCCGUGGGCGUCGGGCGGCAGCAGCAUCCUGGCCGAGUACGGAACGCUGCAUCUGGAGUUUAUGCACCUCAGCAAACUGUCCGGGAACCCCGAAUUUUCGCAGAAGGUGAUGAAUAUCCGCAAAGUUCUGAAUCGCUUGGAUAAACCUCAGGGACUGUACCCCAACUACCUGAACCCAAACAGCGGCCAGUGGGGUCAACAUCACGUGUCGGUGGGGGGCCUGGGUGACAGCUUUUACGAGUACCUGCUCAAAGCCUGGAUCAUGUCUGACAAGACGGACGACGAGGCCAAGAAGAUGUACUACGACGCGCUGCAGGCCAUCGAGAGCAGCCUGAUGAGGAAGUCGAGCGGCGGCUUGACGUACAUCGCCGAGUGGAAGGGGGGCCUACUGGAGCACAAGAUGGGUCACCUGACCUGCUUCGCCGGCGGCAUGGUGGCGCUCGGCGCCGACGGGGCGCCCGGCGACAAGACGGGCCUCCAGAUGGAGCAAGCGGCCGAGAUCGCCAGGACCUGUCACGAGUCCUACUCCAGGACCGUUUUAAAGCUGGGCCCGGAGGCAUUCCGUUUCGACGGUGGCGUGGAGGCCAUCGCCACGCGCCAGAACGAGAAGUACUUCAUCCUGCGGCCCGAAGUCAUCGAGACCUACAUGUACAUGUGGAGGUUCACCCACGACCCCAAGUACAGGGAGUGGGGCUGGGAGGCCGUCCAGGCCUUGGAGGAACACUGUAAGGUGGAGGGAGGCUACAGCGGCGUCAGAGACGUCUACGCGUCCACGCCGAACCACGACGACGUGCAGCAGAGCUUCUUCUUGGCCGAGACGCUCAAGUAUCUGUACCUCCUGUUCUCGGACGACGAGCACAUCCAUUUGGAGCACUGGGUGUUCAACACGGAGGCUCACCCCCUGCCCGUCAUCAGGAAGGAGCCUCCGGAGCGCACCAACGAGGUGGAGUAGAACUUCGGGGAGCUUCUACAACCGCUCCCAGGUUUGGAUUCCUCCCGGCCGGAAGCCGCGGGCGGGGUCGAAGCCGACUUUGGUCUGCCGCGCCUUCUCUCGGGUAUUUAUUUUAUUCAACCACUCACGCGUGGUCCUGCGUUUAUUCCUGGCUUCCACGACGACUUUUUUUUUUUUGCGUGGAGCUUUCAAACGCCAGGAGAUCUCAGAUUGCCGUCUUAGGCGCUAGCGAGAGGAUGGCAAGAUGGACGACGUCUCCCUGCCGCGUCGUGUUUGACAGGAAAAGCCUGAUUUGGCCUUCAAGGGGCGGAGAGGGGAAGUUUGCACUUGCUGCUCCCUGACGUCACUUCCUGUGAUUGUGUUUACAAGAAGACGCCAUCUUCAACUUGUUUAAGCUUUUUUUUUUUUUUUAACGUCUGAAAGCUUUUACUUCAUCAGUAGCAUUGGAAAGCACUUCAAAAAAAAAAAAAAAAAAAAACGGGGCGGGGGGUUAAGUUAUUACAUCCUUUAUUGAUGAAUUACAUAUCCAGACAGCCCUCAUCAAGACUUUUAAUUUGAGGUAUGACUUGAUGCUAAAGUCUCAAACCAACAAUGUAGCAUUGUGACGCUAGAGCUAGCCUAGCGUGAGAUUUGCAGCCAAAAAUUUUGCCUUCACAACAAAAAAAUAAUGUUCACUUUUCACUGAAUCGUUCUGAGAAUUAUUCAUCAUUUCUUAUUUGAUUGAUUUAUCCAUUUUGGCUGUUUACAUAUUGUAUUAAUGAGAGUAUUUUGAGAUCUAAAUAUUGGAGCUCUUCAAUUUCUUUGAGAAUGUCAAUGGGUUAUUAAAAUUAGCAUUUUAAUGACGGAGAGGCCUUAAAGUGAUCUUCGAGCAUUGACGUGUUUGCGAUGGCAAAAUCGUCGGAGCGAGUUUCCCGCAGCGGCUGUUCCGAACGUUCUUUUCAGCCGGGUGGGACGUUUUCUUGUGGAGUGAGACCUCGCAUGUAGAUAACUAGUCUUUGAAUCUCUCUUUUUUUUUUUUUAAUAUAUAUUUUCGAGUCCCACUAUUUCAUUUUUCAUCUGGAAUCAAGCAGCUAGUCGCCCAAACCUUUGUUUUAGAUGUUUUUUUUUUUUCUUAAUAAUUCUUCAUCUGCCGCACGAAAGAGGCUGUCGGACCGCUCGAGCCGUACCGAGUUCCGCUGGAGGCGACGCCGCGGUCAGUUUGACGGAGGCCUGUCGGGUCGGCGGCCGUGUUGCCGUGACGCCUGGCCCAAAAGCCGCUUCGCAUCUUGUGCCUUCGCUUCGAGGCUGCGCUCGCAAACGAAAACGGGCGUGAAAUAUGAGCGCUGUAGCUUUAAGAGGGGAAAAGGUGCAGCGAGCCUCCCCGCCCGUGGAGGGUGACGCAUUCAAGAACCGCCCACAAAAUAGGAAAUUACGCCCUGUGUGGAGACUGUGAAACUGGCACACAAAAUAAGACGUAUCGCGCAGUUAUGCCUCGCUAUAUCGCCUUUUAUUUAUUGUGAGUUUAGCGCAUCGCAGAUCGUUUUGUUUUAUAGUACAGUACAGUAACGCAACUCGCUGCGCAUCCGUGAUAAACACGGUUAGCUAGUUGAAUUUAGCCUUGCCAUCGCUAGUUAAGAGCAACCAGUAAUCCGAACCAGGUGGUAUUAAAAAGGGGCAGGAUGGAAACAGCCACUGGUGCACUUUCAAUUGAUUUAUUAAACAAAAAGCACAUUUGUACGCAGUCGCUGGACACCGCAGCGGCUAACGCUAACCCCAGGAAAUGGCGUGCCAUCGUUACCAUGCUGUAAAUGGCGACCCCAAGUGGACAACGUUGUACCUGCGCCUCACUUGCAAAAUAUAUAUACUUUGAUGCUGGUGAAGAAGCAUAUGCAUGAAACAUUAGAAAAUAUAUCAAUAAGGACUGGAGGGGAUUUCAACCAUCGUUCUGAACCACAUUAUUGAUAAAUUUGGGAUAGCGACCAAAAGAGAUCACAGAUUUGCGCUCCUUGCUAAAAGCAACGUCUUGCAUGAAAGCCGUACGUCAAAACGAUCUACUCGUAUCUCAAGGCGUCGCUCUAAUUGGAAAAGAAAUCCGAAUUCCAAACUUUUGAACAGCUGCUACCUAGCGCAUACAAUAAUAUUAGAAAUAAAUAAUGGCAUGUUACUUUGGGAGCAAAAAAAAAAAAAAAAAAAAACCAAAACACUGGAGUAUGGUAUUGUGGACAUCUUUCGUUUAAUGUAAACAAAUGCUCUAAAUGAAAAUAGCGCUAAAUUCAGAAUUACCGUGAAAACCCUCAAAACAACCACUUGGAAAUCGGCAAAGUGGUAGAACGCGGCACACUGUGCUGUGUGCGCCCCCUAUUGGUUAACGUGGUUAUGAACCCGAGUCGCAAUAGCUGCUGGCGUUUUGUUUUUAUUUUCUUUCUGUUCGACACUGACCCCCAGCGUCAGGAAAGCUCAUUACGGCCAACUGCUGACAGUGUGACGUGACGUUUUUUGUUUGUGGCGACCGCAACGCGCACACGGCCUCGAUCUGUACGCCAACACCGCGUGCACAAACUUCCGCCGCGCUGCGUCCGUUUAACAAUAGUUGGAGCGUGACGCGGCUUUCAGAAAUCUGGCACCUUUCAACCAACAUGGCCGACGACGCAAGGGUUUCUGUGGAGAUUUUGAUGGUGUCAGUCUGCCACACUU